AUGUUUAUUCUUAUUUUUAAUCUUAUUAAACGUAUAUGUUGGCAAGUUUAUCUUCUAUUUACACGACUUCCGCCAACACAAGCAUGGGUAGACCCACGAGAACAAGCACUAAUGGUGAAAUAUAUCCAAAAUUUUAAAAGAAAGCAAAGUCAACAAAAAAUAUCCAUGGUUGAAUUUGGUGCUGGUAGUAGUACAUUUUUCUUCAGUAGUUUUGUUGAUUAUUAUGUUAGUAUCGAACAUAGUCUCGAUUAUUGCCGUGAACUCGAGCGUAUGGCUCAUAAUCAAUCGCAUCGAUCUGUAAAAAUAUUUUAUAUGGGACGUAAUUCAUCUGGAUUUUAUAUAAAACGUUGCUUUGAACAAAAACCAUUGCAAUCUGAUCAGACGUCACGUAUCGAGAUUUAUUGUGUACCACGAAAUGCAUAUUCAUUAGCAGCGUAUCGUUUAUGGGCAACAGGUGGACGUAGUACUUAUACAAUGUACCGUGAUUACAUCGAUUUUCUUUCAGUAUAUUUUCGUGAUACGAAAUUCGACUUUGCUUUUCUUGAUGGGCGUGCACGACCACAAGUUGCUUAUGCUUUAUUAAAACAAUUAAAUGGGCCCAAUGCAAAAGUAUUUAUACAUGAUUGGAAUCAACGUAAAGCGUACCAUAUUAUUGAGCGAGAGUUUUAUAAUAUAAUUGAUCAACAAAUAGAAAGUACUCAAUCGGGCGGCGGAGGUCUUGUAGUAUUAGAAAAGAAGUUCGAAAGCAUUGGACAAAGAAAUAUCAAUGAUAUUGAAUGGAAAUAUGGGAAAGAACCAGAAUGGUGGAUUUAA